AUGAAGUGGUUGGGAGGUGGAGAGGGAGAUGCCAUAAUAAAAGUCGAGAUGGAUCGUGGUCCGCAUCGUACUCAAGACGAUGCUGCAGUUGGUUAUGUGUAUCAGAGAGCACCAGAUCCAGAGUUUCCUACUUUUGGACCCAAACAGCCAAGAUGGGCUGGCGACGAGGGCAUUAUGGAUGAUGAUCAAAAUGAACAAAUGACGAAAAUAUAUUCACCUAACAAUGACCUAACAUUAUCUGUCAAAGCAUCAAAGUUCGUAAAAGAAACUUGGGUUAAGUUUUCCUAUACGACACUUCUCAGAGCAAAGGCGUUCUGGGUCGUAGCUCCAAAAUUAAAAGACCGUGAAACAUGUUUAUGUGUCAAACAUGAAAAUUUUGAAUUAAAAUUCAAUAAGCUGAACAAUUUACAAGACCUUAAACACGACAGUAUAGAUACGUUUAUUGAGGAUUACACUUGUGACGUAACUUCUCAUGACUGCAUGAAUAGUUUAUGUGAAAAAUGCAAAAAUCAGCUGCUUCAGCCGGGUGAUAAUUCAGUUUCUUUGACAUAUUUUCAAUGGAAGUCCGUUCUUGAAGAGAAAAUUGCAAAAGGUGCGAAAAAGACUUUUAAGAUCACCAAAAAGCUGGAAAAAAAAUUAAGAAUGGCUUUAGCAGAAAACAUUCCGGUCAUGAAAAAACAUCUCUAUGGCAUUUACAGCUACAACAAACUGAAAAAAGAGCUGAAAGAAAACUUGAGCGAAAUAAAGAUUAUGAUACAGAUAGACUUCUCAGAGAACUACAUUACCAAGUACGCAUUUACACAUUUUGCUAAAAAUCAGUUAUCUAUCGACACAGGCGUAUAUUACUCACGAAACGUUAACUUACAAUCAAUAUCUUUUGCGACAGUGUGUGAAAACUUGGAUCACCAAGCCCAUGUAGUAUGGGCUCAUAUGAAACCAAUAUUAACUACAAUCAUUUCAGAAAACAAAGAUAUUGACACCCUCCAUUUCUACUCUGACGGUCCAACAUCUGAACCUGGUCAUGGUAAAGGCCCUAUGGAUGGCGUAGGAUAUCUUAAGAGGACAGCUGACAGUCACAAAACAGCUUCAGACUUUGCUAAAUUAUUUAAAAACUCUGUUAUCAAAAUUAAAGUGCUCCAUGAAAAAGAUGUAACUGAAGGAAAAACGUCCCAAAAACUUUGGAUACUAUUCCAAAACCACGACCAAAAAUGGAAAUACCCCACUGUAAACAACACUAACAAAGUUGCUACUCCCCCCAACAGUAUUUCGUACAUGAGCAGCGCCGCGGCUGCCGGUAUGCCCCCCCUUUAUGACAUGGGGGGCCAAAAUAAGGGCCUAGGGCACGAGCAACAAUUUGUUUACAUGUCGAAUCAAAUGCACCCUCCCCCUCAAGCCGGCAUGACCUUGCAUCAUCCCCAGUAUUUGCCGCCGCAGAGUUUGGCGCAGCAGAGUUUGGCACAGCAGAGUUUGGCACAGCAGUUGCAUCAGCAGAUGAGACAUCAGCAGCCACAGGGAGAAACUGACGAUAGUCGAUGGAGUGAAGAAAUAGAAGAACUGAAAAUAAACAUGUUAAAAAAAGGAACAUUUGCAGUAGUCGCCAGAUAUUUAUGUAUGAUAGAGGAUAUCGAUUUGGAUGAAGGUGAAAUUAAAGUAACUUCCUUAAAAUAUUUGAAUAAUGAUCGUAAAAUGGUUUCUUUGGUUGAUACUGACAUUAGUCUUGUUACUGUAGACCAAAUUAUUAAAAUUACCAAUGAACCUAGCAUUUUGAUGAGAGGGAAACGGAUGUAUUAUAAAUUUUCGGAAGCUCUUGAUAUUAUCGAAAAGGCUUAG